CACACACACAUAUUUUGUGGUUUUCUUUUUUUUUAAAUGCUGAUUAUUUCUGUAACUUAAUUUAAUUUGACAUGAUUGCAUGAAUACGAAAACAGCUCCUGCACUGGGAAAGGAAGAAGCAUCCAUUCAUCCAUUCAUCCAAGCGCUCAGCGCGUGUCUGCGCACCACAUCACCACCACCACCACCAUCAUCAUCAUCAUCAUCAGUGAAGCCUGAGGAGGAGCAGGGAGAGGAGGAGAUCAGCAGCAGCAGCAGCGGCGGCAGCAUCGGGUCUCUGGUCUCAGGUCUCAGGUCGUCGUCAUGGCUAAAGAAGGAGCGGGAAUGACCGAGGAGACCGAGUACAUGAUCGACAGACACGUGGGCAAAGACGCGGACUGCAGCGCGGAUUCUCCGCACGACGCCAAAGAGAUGCGCGCGGUGAUCCUGUCAGGCUUCGGAGGUCUGAACAAACUCCGCGUGAGCAGGAAGCCGAUGCCCGAGCCUCAGGAGGGCGAGGUGAAGAUCCGCGUCAAAGCAUGUGGUUUGAAUUUCCUGGAUCUGAUGGUGCGUCAGGGGACCAUCGAGAAUCCUCCAAAGCCUCCUCUUGUCCCCGGGUUUGAGUGCUCUGGAAUCGUGGAGUCCGUGGGUGAAAACACAAAGGGAUUUGAGAUAGGUGACCGGGUCAUGGCCUUUGUGAAUUACAAUGCCUGGGCAGAGGUGGUUUGCACGCCGGCGGAGUUUGUCCACAAGAUGCCGGACAGAAUGACUUUUGCUGAGGCGGCAGCGUUCGCCCUGAACUUCGUGACCGCGUACAUGAUGCUCUUUGAGGUUGCCAACUUAAGAGAAGGGAUGUCAGUGCUGGUGCACUCAGCAGGCGGCGGCGUCGGUCAAGCUGUGGCUCAGCUGUGCUCCACGGUUCCCAACGUCACGGUGUUCGGCGUCGCCUCGUGCUUCAAACACGCGGCCAUCAGAGACUCAGUGACUCACCUGUUUGACAGAAAUGCUGAUUAUAUACAAGAAGUCAAAAGGAUUUCUCCUGAAGGAGUGGACGUGUUGUUGGACAGUCUGUGUGGAGAGAACACGGGGAAAGGCCUGAGUCUGCUCAAGCCUCUGGGAACGUACAUCCUCUACGGCGCGUCAAACAUGGUCACCGGGGAGACAAAGAGUUUCUUCAGCUUUGCAAAAUCUUGGUGGCAGGUGGAGAAGGUGAACCCCAUCAAACUGUACGAGGAGAACAAAGUCAUCGCUGGAUUCUCGCUGCUCAACCUCCUCUUCAAACAAGGCCGGUGUGGUCUCGUGAGAUCGGUGAUGGACAAGCUCUUGUGUCUCUAUGAUCAGAAGAAGAUCAAGCCUGUGGUGGACUCCCUGUGGGCUCUGGAGGAGGUGAAAGACGCCAUGCAGAGAAUCCAUGACAGAGGCAACAUAGGAAAACUCAUUCUGGACGUGGAGAAGUCUCCCACUCCUCUGAUGGCGAGCGACAGCACAGAGACCAGUGAGGCAGGGGAGGAAGAAGAGGAGCCUGAGGGAGACAACGACAGCAAGGAGCGAAUGCCUUUCAUCCAUUAGACCCUGCAGAUCCUGCAGAACCUGUAGAACCUGCAGAACCUGCAGAAC